AGUAUAACACACUUUAUUUGUUGAAAAAAAAAAACUUUUCUUUUGACAAAAAUAUAAUAAUGUAGUUGUACUACACUUUAUAACUUUCCCAAUGUCCUUUGUUGUCUAGCUCAACCUCCACCAUCUAAUAAAAUACUUAUUAUAUAGUGAGUAACAGAGAUUGCACAUAUAACUGAAUAAAUGGCAGAAAGAGAGACAAAUAGAACAACAACAAUGAAGACAAUUGAGAUUGAGAAAGAAAGCAUGGAAAUUAGUGAAAAACAUGAAACAAAUGAUGAUCCUAAAACCAUCUACAGAGGCUGGAAGGUCAUGCCAUUCAUCAUAGGAAAUGAAACAUUUGAGAAAUUGGGAGCUAUUGGAACAUUAGCUAAUUUGUUGGUAUAUCUUACAACUGUAUUCAACAUGAAAAACAUUGAAGCUGCAAACAUGCUCAACAUUUUCAGUGGCAGUACUAACUUUGCUACCUUGCUUGGUGCUUUCUUCUCUGAUACAUAUUUUGGUCGCUACAAUACAUUAGCAUUCUGCACAAUCACUUCAUUUCUGGGAUUACUUGCAAUACAAUUUACAGCAGUAUUCAAGAAUCUACAUCCACCACACUGUGCAAAGGAAAGUGCCACAUGCAAAGGACCAACAACAGGACAAAUGGCAUUUCUAAUAUCUGGAUUUGCUUUACUCUUAAUAGGUGCUGCAGGUAUUAGACCAUGUAAUUUAGCAUUUGGUGUUGAUCAAUUCAACCCCAAAACAGAUUCAGGAAAGAAAGGAAUCAACAGUUUCUUCAAUUGGUACUUAUUUACCUUCACUUUUGCACAAAUGGUGUCUUUGACACUAAUUGUUUAUAUACAAUCAAAUGUUAGUUGGGCUAUUGGUCUUGGAAUUCCUGCUAUUUUAAUGCUUAUAGCAUGUGUAUUGUUUUUCAUGGGAGGUAAAUUGUAUGUUAAAGUUAAACCAAGUGGUAGUCCUAUCACUAGUAUUAUUCAAGUCUUGGUUGUUGCUGUCAAGAAAAGAGGACUUAAAUUACCUGCUCAGCAUCCAAUGCUUUCACUCUUUGAUUAUGUGCCACCAAAAUGUGUUAAUUAUAAGCUACCUUACACAUAUCAAUUCAGGGCAUUGGACAAAGCUGCAAUGUUGACACCACAAGACAAAUUAAAUCAAGAUGGUUCAGCAGCUGAUCCAUGGAGUCUUUGCAGCAUACAACAAGUGGAAGAAUUGAAGUGUUUAAUAAGAGUAUUACCUAUAUGGUUUGCAGCCAUUUUAUACCAUCUAGUUAUUGUUCAGCAAAACACACUCCUUGUUUUUCAAGCAAUUCAAUCGGAUAGGCGAGUCGGAAACAGCAAUUUCAAGAUACCUGCUGCAUCAUACAGUGUGUUCUUAAUGUUAAGCAUGACAUUAUGGUUACCAAUCUAUGAUAGAUUAGUUGUUCCUUUCCUUCAAAGAUACACCGGAAAAGACGGAGGCAUCACAAUCCUUCAAAGGAUAGGUGUUGGAAUGUUUCUAGCUUUACUAAGUAUACUUGUAUCAGGAAUAGUUGAGACAAAAAGAAGACACUUAGCUUUAACUAGUCCUAUUGGAAUGCAACCGAGAAAAGGCGCGAUUUCAUCGAUGUCCGGUUUUUGGUUAGUUCCUCAGUUGACACUAGCUGGAUUAGCUGAAACUUUUACUGCUGUUGGACAAAUUGAAUUUUACUACAAACAGUUUCCUGAGAAUAUGAAAAGUAUUGGAGGGUCACUUUUUUACUGUGGCAUGGCAGGGUCAAGUUAUUUAAGUGCUUUUCUUAUUUCUGUUGUUCAUAGAACAACUUCUGAAUCUGCAACUGGAAAUUGGUUACCAGAAGAUCUUAAUAAGGGGAGAUUGGAAUACUUUUAUUUCAUGAUUGCUGGAAUUGAAGUAUUGAAUUUUGUGUACUUUUUGAUAUGUUCCAAAUGGUACAAGUAUAGAGAAACUGGUGGUAGUAGCAUCAGCAGCAUUGGUAGUGCAUGAAAGUGUAAUAAUAGGUAGAAAAUAAGGGAAUAAAUGUUGUUAUAUUAUGGAUGGAUUAGUAUAUCAUGUAGUCGUAAUAUAUUGUUAAUUACAGUAUAUUAAUUAGAAAUGAGCAGAAUGAAUUUGAAAGAAA